AUGUCCAUCUUUGGUCUCAAGUCGCGUAAAUCUUACUCUUCCGACACUUCCAGCUUUAGCAAGCAUAAACCAGAUAACCACCACAACAACCAAGAAGCUUCCGACGUUAUCGGUGACAGUCCCGAAUUCGGCCAGCUCAACAACAAUCGCCGCGGUCCAUCACACGCUUCCGAAGCAUCCUCACUCCUUUCUCGCAACUCGUCCAGCAUGAAGAAGUUCUUUGGUAGCACACGUAGGAAGGAUGCUCAGAGCAUCGAUGGUCGCUCGCCUUCUCAGCCCAACAAGAACCUUGAGUCUUGCCACUACUUCAACGGCGCCACCUCCAAGCAUGCCAGUCGUACCAGCUUGAGCAAUGCCAAGUCGGCUCUCCUUCCUGGCCCGCCUCCGGUCGUGACUCCUUCAGCCAUCGUUCCUUCCUUGAGCACUCCAACCGAUGCAAGCGCCUCUUUUGCCCAUGCUGUCGCUCAGAAUGCUUCGGCAGGUCUUGCUGGUUUGCCUCUUAGCCCCUCCGGUGGGCCACGUCCGUCUGAGCUUUUCGCUGGCAAAGGUGUCCAAUGGGGACAAAUCGAUCUCACCGCUCGCGAUCUUACCAAGCCCACCGAUGCUGCUACCACUAGCGUCGACAUGCAAAAGUUCCUCAAAGAGCGACGUCAAUGGAUCCCCACCUUCAAGGAUUCUGAGAAUGUCGAAGAGGCUCCUUCCCUCGAUCUACCCAACCAACUCGAGCAGUUCUCCUUCGACACUCCUCCCGAGAUUACCAAAUCCUCCGCUGGUCUCAAGGACUUGAAAGAUCUCGAAGAGACGCACAAGCGCAAAAACGCUCUUCUUGACAAGGCGCCGCUGACAGGUGCUACUAACGGUACCAUCUUCGAGGAGGCUGGCCCAAGUACGUCUACAAGUGUCGUCGGCGCAUCUGAUGCUACUGCCGAUGCAAAGGCGGGCCAGUCGCUUCCACCACCUCCUGCCGCACCCUCUCGCAACCAAUCCUUCCGCACUUCCACCUUUGCUGCCUCCAACGACUCCUCAUCUCGAAAGUCGGGUAGUCUCUCGCGUAAACCGGUCCCUUCUGUUGAUCCAAGUGCCAACGGCGUUGUUGUACCCGCUUCGGCCUCGGCGUCUCGUGGCAUUCCUCAGCGCAGGAGCUCCGUUCGAAAAGAGCUGUCCCAGCUCGAGAGUACAGGCUCUGCUUCCAAGCCAACAGCAGCGGUGGCAACAACAGCGACAGAGGCACCAGCUUCGGGAACUGAGCAGGCGCAAGCUGCAGCAGAAGCGCCUCCUCCUGCCAAUGGAAGCGUUGAACAGAUCAAAGAGCAGAGCGCAGUCUCAGAAUCAGCAAGGCCAGGUACAGCCGCAAGUGGCGUAGCAGCUACCCCAAGUGUCCGCCCUUCCACGGAAACGGCCCGCUUCGCUACUCCUGCCGGCUCGCAGUCUCACGAUGACGUGCACAUUGCAACCGCUGCUGCCAAUGAGACCGACACAACAGCCACGCCGCCACUGGCAGUACCAUCGUCACCUGCGGCCAACGACAUGACGCACGAUUCGGCUACCACCAUUGCAACCCCCACUAGUCCACCGCGACCACCCAAGAACGAUCAGCGCACACCUUCGCGGCAGAAUAGUAAAGAUAAGAUCAACGCUACUCCUCCUACUGCUCCUCCUAGCACCCAAGGCAAAGUUGAGAGUUUGAGGGAGAAGUUCAGUCAAGCUGCUCCAUCGUUGCAGAAUGUGGUGCCUGGAACUGGAGCUGCCACUCCUCGUGAGGGCUAA